GUGCAGUUUGAUUAGUGACUCACCUGAUCGGAUCUGCCUCUGCACCUCCUAACAAACAACAAGCAUUUCGAGUAGUAGAAGCGUCUAGCCCCGCAUCGGACUAGUUCGCUCGGCGCGCAGCCAGCAUCGGCAGCAUGAGCGGGCCGGACGCGCUGUUUUCGCUGCGCAACAGCUUCCAGCUGGGCGCAUACCAGGCGGCCAUCAACGAGAGCGCCGUGGGCGGGCUGUCGGAGGCGGAGAGCGUCGAGCGCGACGCCAUCGUGUACCGCUCCUACAUCGCCCUCGGCAGCUACCAGCUGGUGAUCGACGAGAUCUCCGACUCCGCCGCGACGGCGCUGCAGGCAGUCAAGCUGCUCGCCACGUACCUCAAGGACCCCGCUGCCAACAAGGACGGCGUGGUGGCGAGUCUGGAGGGGUACCUGUCGGACCCGGUGAUCGGCAAGAACGCGACGCUGCUGCUGGUGGCGGGCACGGUGUACGCGUGCGAGCACAACUACGUGGACGCGCUCAAGGCCACGCACGCCAUCGCCGGCAACCUCGAGCUCAUGGCUUUGAACGUGCAGGUGUUUCUGAAGAUGGACCGCGUGGACUACGCGGAGAAGCAGCUCAAGGCCAUGCAGGCCGCCGACGAGGACGCCACGCUCACGCAGCUCGCCAACGCCUGGGUCUGCCUCGCUAUGGGCGGGGCCAAGGUGGUGGAGGCGACGUACAUCUUCCAGGAGCUGGCGGACAAGUUCACCCCCACCGUGGCGCUGCUCAACGGCAGCGCGCUCUCCCAGAUGCACCAAGGCAACUUCGACGACGCCGAGGCGCUGCUGCUAGACGCCCUCAACAAGGACGCCAAGGAUGCCAACACUCUCGCCAACCUCGUCGUCUGCUCGCUGCACAGAGGCAAGCCCGCCACGCGCUACCUCAACCAGUUGAGGGCGGUGGCGCCGGAUCACAUUCUAGCGCAACGCCAAAUAACGUCGGAAGCUGCCUUCGACCAGGCCGUUGCAGCUUAUGCUUGAGCCGCGUCAGGAAGGAAACCUCAGAUUCUCAGAUUCUCUUAUACAUAGUAUUAUAUCACGUGAAGGAUAGCAUCUGGAAUAUGAAUACAUAUGAUUGAUGGGAAUACCAUAUACGUACAAUUUCUCCGGCAUUGUGUCUCGCAACGAGUCCGCCUUUAUUUGCCUUGUCG